GCCGAAUUACUCUUCAUUGUACAUCAUAUAGUGAUCAAACACGACACCAAUGGCAUCAAAGCUCUUCUCCCGCUCCCUCCUCUCCCUCGCGUGCCGCCAACUGCCCGCCUCACAGCAGGCAGCUCGUGCACGGGGCGUACAGCAGCUACUGUCCCAGACACGGGCAUUUUCCGCGUCGUCACCUGCUAGAAUAAUGGAUUUAAGCUGUUUCACGCCAGAGCAGCUGAUGGUCAGAGAUGCUAUAUCAAAGAUCUGCUCGAAUUUCCCCGAUGAAUACUGGGCGGAGCGCGAUGAAACCGGAGAAUACCCCCAUGAGCUCCAUGCCGCUCUUGCAAAAGAUGGCUGGAUAGGCAUCGCCCUGCCGGAGGAACUGGGCGGCGCAGGACUCGGCAUCUCAGAAGCUACCAUGAUGCUGCACACAAUCGCUCAGAGCGGUGCCGGGCUCGCGGGCGCUCAAUCAAUCCACGCCAACGUUUAUGCCACCCAGCCUGUCGCCAAAUUUGCCACGGAAGAACAGCGACAACAGAUGUUACCCAAACUGAUAGCGGGAGAAUAUAGAACCUGUUUUGGAGUGACGGAGCCGAACACCGGGCUGGAGACGCUCAAACUUCGCACUACGGCAACCAGAGACGGCGACCACUACAGGGUGUCGGGCCAGAAGAUAUGGAUAUCCUCCGCGCAGGUCGCAAAGAAGAUGGUCCUUCUCGCCCGGACGACGCCCAUUGAAGAAGUCAAAAGGCCAUCUGAGGGCCUCUCGCUCUUCUUCAUCGACUUUGAUAAAAAUGCACCGGGUCUUGAUCUCAGAAAAAUCAAGAAAAUGGGUGGCCGGAGCGUUGAUGCCAAUGAAGUGUUCUUCGACAACUACCGCGUCUCCGCCGAUACUCUCAUUGGAAAGGAAGGCGAGGGUUUCAAAAUCGUCCUUCACGGGAUGAAUGCCGAGAGGUGUCUGCUUGCGGGAGAGGCCCUGGGAUUGGGCUACGUGGCCUUGGAGAAAGCAGCCAAAUAUGCUAAAGAACGCGUCGUCUUUGGCCGCCCGAUCGGCCAGAACCAGGGCAUCGCCCACCCGCUGGCGUCGGCGUACAUGAACCUAGAGGCAGCCAAGCUAGCAACCUACCAUGCUGCGAGACUUUAUGAUGCGAGCAAGACGGACAAAUCCAUCUCGCAGCAUACGGUCGGGGUGGCCUGCAACUCCGCCAAGUUCCUUGCAGCGGAGGCGGCAUUCACUGCUUGCGAGAGAGCCGUCCUCGCACACGGCGGAAUGGGAUAUGCCCAGGAAUUCCACGUCGAGAGAUAUCUUCGAGAAUGUUUUGUGCCGAGAAUUGCGCCCAUUAGCCGGGAGAUGAUUAUGAAUUUCGUCAGCGAAAAGGUUCUCGACCUCCCUCGAAGCUACUAGAUGGACAUCCGGGUUAUCUGUACUUUCAAUAGGCGCGUUUCAUUGUCAUUGUCAUUGUCAUUUUCAUUUUCCUUUUUCCUUUCUUUUUUUAAGCGUUAGAUUGUUAGUUAU